AUGUUUGACUUCCUCAAAGAAAAAGUAUACAACAGGUCGGACCCUCGGUCCGACAAUGCCAGAUCCCAUGGCAUACCCGAGGGCGAACCAGUCAGGAUGCACUAUGCAUCGCGCGACGUCGCCGUCCCGGAAGAUUUCCUCUCCCUCACGGCCCCUCCCCCGGACGCCCAGCCCGUGACCAUAUCGCCAGUCGACUGGGCCUCGAGCCCGCUCCCGGAGUACAACGGCCUGUUCGCCGUGGUGCUGGAAAACGUGCUCUCGCCGAGCGAGUGCCAGACCCUGAUCGACCUCGCCGAGUCGAGCGUCGACGUGUCCCGGAUGAACUCGACGGGCGACCACAACCCGUGGAAGCCGGCCAUGGUCAACGCCGGGUCCGGGUUUGAGGUGCUCGACAGCGGGUACCGCAACUCAGACCGUAUCGUCUGGGACCAGCAGGAGGUCGUCGACCGGAUCUGGCGGCGGUGCCUGCAGGGUGAGGCGGCCGAGGCGCUGAGGAAGAGGCUGGACGUGAUAGAUGGCGACGAGCAGCUCGGGGCCUUCAGGAGAAGGGGCCCCAAGUGGACCGUGGAGAAGCAGAGGUGGGAGUUUAGGCGGCUGAACCAGAGGAUGCGGUUUUUGAAGUAUGGUGCGGGACAGUUCUUUCGGCCACAUUGCGAUGGUGCGUUCAGCGAGGAGGUUGAUGGGAAGGUCUUCAAGACCUUCUUCACCCUUCACCUGUACCUCAAUGACUCCGUGGCCGAAGCUGGGAAGAGCGCUGAAUUGGUCGGAGGGGCGACGUCUUUCCUCUCAGGUGACAGCGAGAGGCGGGUCGACGUGGACCCAAAGGCGGGGAGGGUGUUGAUCUUCCAGCAUCGUCGGCUGUUCCACUGCGGCGACGACGUCGUGAAGGGCACGAAAUACACGAUGAGGACUGAUAUCAUGUAUGAGCUGAUUAGGCGGAAGGAGACAGAGGAGAAAGAGGAGCAAGAGGAGAAGGCCACCGAAGAUGACUAG